AUGAACAAGGCCAUAAAAACGCAAUUUUUCGGUGUAAUUAUUUUCAAGUUGAUACUCACUUUUCUCGCUUUGUGCGCAACACCGUUCCGAGUUGUAAGCUCAGCAUCUUGGGCUUCGCAAGUACUAGCAAGUAUAAGGACAAAGCACUUAAUGAAGGCAUUCGUACUCUUCGUUUGGGCCACAUUUGUCGCGACUGUAUUGACAGAAGAUGAGCCUGCAACUCAGUUGUGGAAUAAGUAUACUAACCAGAAUGGAAACUACAUUAUUCCAUAUCAUUUCUCUGGCGUAUACAGUGAUGAAGAGCGCUCAAAGAUUCUAAGUGCUAUGAAAAAAAUUGCUGCUAACACAUGCGUUGAAUUCAAACCUCGCAAAAACGAAGAAGACUAUGUCGAUAUUAUCAACGCGGAGUCGGAGGGGUAG